GGAUUAUCAGUCACCACCACCACCUUCACCCACCCCCCAUCUCACUCACUUCCUCCCAACCAUUGCCAAUUUGCCAUGCACUCUAUAAAUUCCUUCCUUCAUUUCUCUCACAUUCUUCCAUACCUCUCUCUCUCUCUGCUCACAUAUUCAUCUCUCUGCGGCGGCCCGCUUCUUCUUCUUUUUCGUGACACAUGCCCUCCCACACAAAACCCAACUUUGUCUUCUUCCAUUCCCUCUUCCUCUCUAAAUAGCUCUCUCUCUCUCCCUCUCUCCCAUGACCCCUCUCUAACCCUACCGCCCCUUCUUCUCUCCCACCCAUGAUUUUAACACCCACCGACGGAUCACCAAUCCCAAUCCAAACCCUUUAUGGGGAGAAACCGAACCCAGCCCACUUCCUCCCCUCGCCGGUGCCUGAUUGCCGGAAACUACUGCCACGACGUUCUCAUCCGCGACGGCGUCGUUUUGGCCGAGACGCUCGGCGGGGCCGCUUCUUUCAUCUCCAACGUGUUCGAUGGCGUGUCCGUGAGUUACAAUCUGGUGUCCAAAGUCGGGUCGGAUUUUGCUUACUCGGUCCACCACGACCCGAUUGUGGUACCCGAUUGCAGGACGACUCUGUUCCACGCGCAUUUUGAUUCUGGAAUCGAGGGGGAGGGCCAGCAGGAUCGGGUUCUGAAGCGGGUCAAUGCCUGCGACCCGAUUCGCCCCUCGGAUCUGCCCGAAUCCAGGUUUGAUUUCGGAAUGGCGGUUGGGGUCGGCGGUGAGAUUACGGUGGAGACGGUUGAGAAACUGUUGGAGAUUUGCAGCACUGUGUUUGUGGACAUUCAGGCUCUGAUUCGGGUUUUUGAUGGGGUUGAUGGAGCUGUGAAGCUUGUGGGUUUGAAAGAUAGUGGGUUCUUUCACCUCUUGCCCAGAAUUGGGUUUAUAAAGGCGUCGGCGGAGGAGGCUCUGUUUAUGGACGUGGAGGAGGUCAGGAAGGUGUGUUGUGUUGUGGUGACGAAUGGGAAGCGUGGGUGUAGAGUGUAUUGGAGAGAUGGGGAAGUAGAAGUGGGGCCGUUUCCGACCGGCCAGGUUGAUCCAACCGGUGCCGGAGAUAGUUUUCUCGGUGGGUUUGUUGCGGGGCUUGUUAAUGGGUUGGCUGUGCCUGAUGCUGCAUUGCUUGGGAACUUAUUUGGGUCAUUGACUGUGGGGCAAAUUGGACUGCCCAAGUUCGACUUGAGGUUGUUACAGAGAGUUCAGGAAGAGGUGCAGAAGAGAAAGGUACAGAGUAUCAGCUGCCACGAAAGAAAAGACGAGAAGUUCAGGUUUAUGAAUGUAGCAGGACAUGAACAGUUUCAUGCAUCCCUCAUAGCUGCUAAACAGAUACCAAGGUGCCUUCCUCGUGAAUGUGAAUGGGAUCUGCCAAAUUCUCCUUCCAGAGCAGUGGAGCAGGGUUUGAAUGUCCUCCCCCAUUUCACAACCCAGCCGAAACUUUUACCCGAUUCCGUCUACGAGGAGCCAAUUCGAACAGCGGAUGGUAAACAAUGAAUCGUGAUAGAGUAGCUUCAAACUUUCUCCCUCGUAUCGUUUACUGUAUCAAAUAAUGUCUGAUGUAGAAAUGUGUUUGCAUAGCGCAAUUGCAACC